ACCGUCUGGCUCAUCCACCGCUGACCGGAACUACCCGCCCUCGCAAACAUGGUCUUCUCGCCCCGACUCAGCGCAGCCGUCAUCCUUGUCAGCCAGGCUGCACAGGCCCUCUGCUCGAUUCAGUACCCCGUCGGCUUCGCCAACACCGGGGCUCUCGAUGCGCUGAACUUCACGGAGAUCUUCGCGGCUCCGGCCGACAUGUCGAACGCGCGCUGGGAGCGGGACUCGUUCCACGGUCUGACGACGUUCGCACGCGCGUCUCCGCUCCGGUGCUUCGGCGCGGACGCGGACUCGGGGUACGAUGUCGCGGUUAUCGGCGCGCCCUUCGACACUGCGACAAGUUUCAGGCCAGGCGCACGGUUCGGGCCCAACGGCAUUCGCCAAGGCUCCCGUCGUCUUGGCGUAGACAGGAUCAAUGUGGCAGCAAAGAUCCGCGUCAGCGACCACUUGGAUGUCGUUGACUGCGGCGACGUACCCAUGGUCUUGACCGACAACAAGGUCGCGCUGCGGCAGCUCGAGCUCGCCAACGCCGCACUCCUUACGCGCACCAGCUUGCGCUCGUACUCGGGCAAGAGCAUCGCGAAGGAUGGCAAGUUCCACCCUCGUGUGCUGACGCUUGGCGGUGACCACACCAUCACGCUCCCUCUUCUGCGCGGAGUAGCCGGCGUGUACGGCCCGGUCAGCGUUAUCCACUUCGAUAGCCACUUGGACACAUGGAAGCCCAAGCCAAUGGCUGGCGGGCCAUGGUUGCCUGACGAGGAGAUCCCCGUCAGCCACGGAAGCUACUUCUGGUACGCGUGGAAGGAGGGUCUGCUUGCCCCCAACAACGCGAACAUCCAUGUCGGCAUCCGUGGCGCGAUCAACAGCUGGAAGGACUACGAGGAGGACCACGAGUUUGGUUGGGUCAUCUCGCACGCUGAGGACGUUGAGGACGUCGGAUGGAAGGGCGUCGUGAAGCACAUCCUGGAGACCGUCGGCGACAACCCUGUCUACAUCACGCUCGAUAUUGAUGUCCUCGACCCCGGAGUCGCCCCUGCUACCGGAACCCCUGAGAUCGGAGGCAUCACCACCAGAGAAAUCAAGAAGAUCCUGCAAGGACUUUCUGGCCUGAAGAUCGUUGGCGCGGACAUUGUCGAGGUCGCCCCUGGAUACGACACUCAAGAUGAGAUCACGCAGAUCGCGGCGGCGAACAUUGGCUGGGAGAUGCUCGCGCUGAUGGCGAAGACGCCUCUCACCGAGUAGAGUACUCUUCCACGCCGUAGUGAGUAUGUCGGAGGGCGGUGCGGAAACUCAGGGAGUUCAUCCACAUCAGUGUAAUUUAUGACGCUCUCAAGGAAAAGGAUGUAGGAACACAUUGGACAAUGCUAUCGUCCAUACUCAC